AAUAAAUGUUUAAAAAUCAUGAAAUAUUGUUGCUCAAUGUUACUAUAAUGGAUGACCAAAAGCUAACCUUCCCGGCAUGUGUCCAUCAUCACACCCAUUUGUUUCCUGUCAGAGUCACAACCCUUAAAAAAGGAGGAAGCAUCACAAGAUUAUGAGACUAUAAAUACAUCUUUUUGUAUUUGUAAGUAAAUGGGUGUUAGUUUAACAACUUAUCAUAGUCAUGAUGCAUUCAUCAUCAGGCGUAAUGUGCUGAUUUGUGUGUUUUGAAACAUUUUUCAUCAUCCUCCCUAUAAACAUGUUCAUUCAUCAAAAUAAAUGGUCAAUUGGUUACUUAAAAUACAUUUGUUUAGAUUUAUUCAAAAUGUCUUAUUAAAGGGAAUUGAACCAACAACAUUUUCCAAUUAAAAACUUCAAUCCCCACACAUAUAAAACUUAUUUAAGUUAGAUUUUUUUGGUCCGAAUUUACUAAUUUUAUGUCCUUUCAACAUAAUAUUAAAACUUCAUGAUACUUUAUUCAAAAUGGCUUAAUUUUGAGAAUUGAUCCAAAAACCUACUAUUUUCAAAUCAAAAGCUUCAAAAUACAGUUUUUUUUUCAGAUCAGAGAUGCUAAUUCCAUUGAAAUCUGGCCCUGUGCAGUCAAUUAAGUAUUUACACCUACUUUAUCCCAAAUGGCUUAAUAUUGGGAAUUAAACCAACAACCAUACUGUAUCUGAUUAAAAAUAAAACUCUAUAAAACUCAAAAAUAAGUUCAAGUUAAAUUUUUUUUGAGGCCAUAUCUGCAAAUUCUAUUGAAAUCUGACCCCAUGCCUAGUCCAUAAAUGAUUUACACCUGCUUUACUUCGGCAGUGCAGUACUGCACACUUGUUUUGGGGAAUUGAAGUAACAACCUACUGUUUUCCAACUAAAGGUUUCAACUAUUAUACAUGAAGCUCAAAAUUAGCUCAAGUUAGAUUUUCCUGCCCAGAUCUGCUAAGUUUCUGCUAAUCUGACCUAUACUGUCCUGACUAUGAAUGAUUCAUUAACCUACAAACUACUGUUUUUCAAUCAAAAGUUUCAAGCUCCAUACAUAAAUCUCAAAAAAUAAGCUUAAGCUAGGUAUUUUCAGAUCAGAGCUACUAAUUCCAUUAAAACUGACCCAAUGUCUAGUCCAUAAAUGAUUCACACCUAUUGUACUUCACAAUGCUUUAUCCUAAUUCCAUUUUUGGAAAUAAACCAACAACCUACUCUUAUCCAUUUAAAGGUUUUAACCACUACACCUCAAACUCAAAAUAAGCUCAAGUUCACAUUUCCUGCCUAAAUCUAACUUUGACAAAUCUGACUUAAUGUCCUGAAAAUGAAUGAUUCAACCUACAAUGCUUUAUUAACCUACACUGUUUAUGGGGAAUUGAACCAGCAACCUACUGGUUUUCAAUCAAUAGUUUCAACCCCCAUACAAAAAAUCUAAAAAAAAAAAAAAAAAAAAUCUCAAACUAGAUAUUUUCAAAUCAGAGCUACAAACUCUAUUAAAAAAACUGACCCAAUGACUAGUCCAUAAGUUAUUCACACCUAUGGUACUUUGGAAUGCUUUAUCCAAAAUUGUUUUGAUUUGGGAAAUGAACCAACAACCUGUUUGUUUUCCAAUUAAAGGUUUUAACCACAAUGCCUGAAAAAAAAAAAAAAAGUUCAACUUUGAUUUUUUCCAAAUCUGACUCGAUGUCUUGACAGUGAUUGGUUCAAAAUGACAAUGUUUUAAUAGCCUGCACGGAUUAUGGGGAACUAAACCAGCAACCUACUGUUUUUCAAUCAAAAGUUUCAACCCGCUUGCAUAAAUUUCAAAAAUAUGCUCAAACUAAAUUUUUUUAGAUCAGACUAAUUCCUUUAAAAUCUGACCCAAUGUCUAGUCCAUAAAGGAUUCACACCUGCUGUAGUUCACAGUGCUUUUUCCAAAAUUUUGGAAUUUUGGGUAAUGAAUCAGCAACCUAUUGUUUGUUUUCCAAUUAAAGAUUUCAACAACCAUACCUGAAAUUCAUAAAUAAGUUCCACUUUGAUUUGUUUUCCCAAAUCUGACCACAUGUCCUGACAAUGAAUGAUUCAAACCAACAAUGCUUUAUUAAACUUCUCUGUUUAUGGGGAAUUGAACCAGCAACUUACUGUUUUUCUAUCAAAAGUUUCAAGCCCCAUACAAAAAUCUCAAAAACAAACUCAAACUAUAUAUUUUCAGAUCAGAGCUACUAAUUCUAUUGAAAUCUGACCCAACGUCUAGUCUAUAAAUUAUUCAUAACAACUGUACUUCACAAUGCUUUUUCCAAAGCUGCUUCAUUUUGGGAAAUGAACCAACAACCUACUGUUUGAUUUUCAACUAAAGGUUUCAACCAUCACACCUGAAACUCAAAAAAAUUCCAAAGGUGACCCGAUGUCCUGACAAUAAAUGAUUCAACCCUACCAUUCUAUAUUCAGAAUAAAUAAUUCAUGGAUCCAUCCAGCCCAUGAAUGAUUUACACAUCUACUUUACCCUAAAUAAUAAUAGGAAUCAAACCAAUAACCUACUGUUUCUAACCCCCAACACUUUGUUGUUAAGCUCAAACUAGAUAUUUCCAGAUCAGAGUUACUAAUUCUAUUGAAAUAUGACCCAAUGUCCAGUCCAUGAAUGAUUCACACCUACUUCAGAUGAUAAAUAGCAGCCUGCAAUGCUCAGUUUGCAUUGGUGAGCCUCAGUGGACAAACACUACUGACCGAAACAUUUACUUCUCGUUGUUUGAUUAUUUUACUCAAACAUGGCUUUUCAACUCUUUGGUUAUAUCUUGACCAUCGCUGGAUUAUGUGGCCUGCUUAUAGGCACAUUUACGAACGAAUGGAAAAUCAGCGGACACGACAAUGACAAGUCUGUGAUUCUGGUGAAAUAUGAAGGACUGUGGAUGCAGUGUUCAGUCGACAGUUCGUCACAUGUUCGAUGCACCAAUUUUAAUUCUCUCCUUCAUCAAACUUGUAAGUAUCAGUCAUUUACUGUAUGGAUGAAACAGACAUUCGGUUUCUUAUAUGCAUGUCUUCUUAUAUGUGUGCUGUGUGCUUGUUGUAGUUGAAAUUCGGAUGAGUCGAGUAUUCAUGAUCAUCAGCAUCGUGUUGUCAAGCUUUGCUGUUCUGGUAGCUGUUUCUGGACUCAGAUGCACAAAAUUUUUAGACGACAAUGAGACGAUGAAGGACAGAACUGCCUUCUUUGGAGGAAUCCUCUCUGUGUGUGGUGGUCUAUUUGCUUUGGGAAUAACCAGCUGGUUCACUUAUUUAAUUGUCGAUGAUUUCUACCAGAAGGACGAUGACAAGGAUAAGUAUGUUAUCGGCAAAUCUCUGAUUGGUGCGUUUGUCGCAUCUUUGCUCUGUUUAUUCGGAGGUGUGUUUUUAUGCGCCUGCAGCGUGAAGAGUCUGAGAUCCAACAAUAAGUUCAGCCAGCAUCUGGUCUCCAAAAAUCCUGAAAAAGACUACGUUUAAUGCUCCUGAGAUGAUCUGAAUGACUAAACCUUAAUUUGAACAUCACACACUGGUUAGGGAUUAUAAAUAUACAUGAAUUGUAAUAGACAGAUAAGUAUAAAUGUAUAUUGCAUUGUGCUGAUAUGACCUAAUGUUCUGAUGUGUUUUGUGUGUGUGUGUGUGUGUGUGUGUGUGUGUGGUUUAUAUGGACUUUCAUAUUUAA